GAGCAACAAUUGUAACUGAAAUUUACCAUUUCCAACAACUGGAAACAUUGACAUUAGAAAGAGACAACCAUAGAAAUGUUCUGUUGCUAUUUCAUUUUGUGACAUUUCCAGUUGUUGUUUUGAAACGUCAAAAAUCCCGAAAUGCCUUCAUCUGGUGUUUUUGGCAGUGGUGUUUAGAGUAAAAGACAACAACAUUUAUCCUUGAGAGUUUCAACGUAAAAAUUUGGAUAUUUCACCAUGGCAGAAUGCCUGCAAAUGUCCCAAGAUGAUCGAAACGAUGAGAACAGUGAUACGGACGAUGAUGAUUACGAGGAAUUUUGUGAGAAUUUUACAUUUUCGCCAACAUCAUCGACGUGUUGUGUAUGUAAUGGAUAUUAUGCACCAAGUUUCGGUGAACCAUUGUGUGGAACGUGUCAUGCGUUUCUAUUCCCGAUAGCGGCCGAAGAGAAGCGUUCCACUGAUUUGUCUGACAACGAUGAAGAUUCGGGCAACGAUGAACCACCGUACAAGGAAGGUACAGUAAAUCCACCAGCUGGGGCUCCUGUGUAUCGAAAUGCUCAAGGUGAACCACAGGCCGAUUCCGAUGAAGAUAUUGUUGGACCACCCGAUGAUGCACCACCACCACCGCCGCCGCCGCCGCCAAUCAUACCUAUUGCAUCAACAUCAAGAAGCAAUGAUCGCAUUGCUAUUUAUGAAAAUGCAUUUAUGAACGAUCGACCAGAACCACAACCACCACGAAAUCUAAGACAGUAUUUAAACGCAUUGACCGAAGGUACACAUGAAGCUAACCAGAACCCAAUUCGACAAGCAGUCGUUGUCAAUGACGUUAACAACGAAAUGGUAGCAGCAACGACUAAACCUGGAACCAUUUCAGCACUUCCAGUCGAAGUUUUACUUGUGAUAUUCUCCUAUCUUGAUGAUAUUUCGCUGUGUCAUGUCGGCGAAGUGUGCAAACAAUGGAAGAAAAUCUUAGAAGUACAUACACCACAAUCACUAUGGCAAAGAGCAACCAGAACCAGGUGGCCACUUUAUCAUCAGAUUACCAACACUACCAAUUGGUUUAAGAUCUAUUCAUCAUUGAUGUCAUCAUGUUUUUGUCGCACUUGUAUCGUGCAAAUGACAUUACGGACACCGCAACAACGGGAGAAUCAUUUUAGAGCACGACGACUGCGUGGUGAUAUACGCACAUUAACCGCUGACGCAACCGAAGGAAUUGAAGCGGUUCCUCUUGAUAAUUCACUUUCACAUUGGCAAGCUUCUAUCAUUGGACCACCUGGGAGCCCGUACGAAGGCGGAAAGUUCUUUUUACACAUUUUGAUUCCAUUUUCGUACCCAAUGCAUCCUCCUGUUGUUCGAUUUCUCACCAAAAUCAUUCAUCCGAAUGUGUCACGUCAUGGUGACGUUGGAAUUGAUAUAAUUCAGCAUAAUUGGUCACUGGCCCUAACUAUUUCGAAACUUUUGCUUAGCGUGCAAAGCCUCCUUACCGAUCCUUUUACCGAGAUUUGUAUGGAGCCAGAACUGGGCCGUUUGUAUGAAGAAGAUCGGCCUCGAUUCGAAGCAUUGGCACGCCGCUUCACCUGGAAGUAUGCGAUGUUCGAAGUGAUUCCAUAAAUUGACUGAAAUCUAUAUUUUACCCUAUAUGUAUCUAGAUAUUCUAAGUUUAAUUGGAAGUCAGCAAAUUAUUGGAUAUAAGUUUCAUUCAAUUCAACGAUUCGAUGGUUGGAAUAAAGACAUGAAUAAUCGCAA